UCCUUAUGUGCCCUGUAGUGCUACCGUAUACCAGUGUAUAGCCGCCGUGGCUGUUUAGUAGUUCUGUAUAUGUGCUAGUGCCUGUACGCCCGAUCGCACAAUGGCGAUGCUCUGGCUGCUGCAUACCAUUCCUGCAGCUGUCGUCCGUCAGUUACUGCCCCGAAAUACUGCACAGUCCCCUAGUCAAGCUGUUUUGCUCUGCUGAGGAUUUGUUUACAGUGGACAGAGGUCGCAGACUUCCCGUACUACCAAGUGCGUCCAGUCUUUAGUGAGAAGAUUUCGCUUCAAGCUCUUCCGAACACACCCACAAUACUCUUAACUAGCGGAGAAGACUGGAUUUCGUAGGCGAUGCAUAAGUGGCUUCCAAAGUACUUCAUCAGACUGAAGUAUUGACGAUUUAAAAGUAUUGCAGCUACGAUGUACCAGCGAGCGCAGGUGUAGCCGAGACAACGAGUGGACAAAAUAAGACAGAAAGCAUAUAAUUGAUGUAGCGUGGCGCAUCGGAGGAGUAGAGGAUAGGAAGACGACAGCUAGCAAAGGCAGAGAGAGAGAGGAAAAAAAGGGCGCAGAGUAGCUCGGUCCUCGGGAGCGACAGCUGUCAAGAUGGGGAACUGCUUUAGCUGCCAGACGGACGGUGAGAAGGAGAAGCCCGAUCGGAUAUGCAGCUCGAACAUCGAAGCAGUGACUUCGCAGGCGAGCCCGGUGCCCACGCCGACCCCCGACCCUAUAAGGCCGAUGCCGCAGAUCCCGGACACGGACGCGCCCGCAGCCAAGAUCUUCAUCGCCUUGUACGAGUACGACGCGAGGACGGAUGAAGACCUCAGCUUCCGGAAGGGCGAGCACCUCGAGAUACUCAACGACACCCAGGGCGACUGGUGGCUCGCCCGGAGCAAGCGCACCCGACAGGAGGGCUACAUUCCUAGCAACUACGUCGCCAAGCUCAAGUCCAUCGAGGCCGAGCCAUGGUACUUCAGAAAAAUAAAGCGAAUCGAAGCCGAGAAAAAACUGCUCCUCCCGGAAAAUGAUCAUGGAGCAUUCUUGAUUCGAGACUCGGAGAGCCGACACAACGACUAUUCGCUUUCAGUUCGCGACGGUGAUACAGUGAAGCACUACAGGAUCCGGCAGCUAGACGAGGGUGGCUUUUUCAUCGCGAGGCGAACGACCUUCAGAAACUUGCAAGAUCUCGUCGAGCACUACAGCAAAGACGCCGACGGCCUCUGCGUCAAUUUGUGCAAGCCAUGCGUACAGGUGGAGAAACCCGUGACCGAGGGCCUGAGCCACCGCACGCGCGACCAGUGGGAGAUCGAUCGGUCGUCCCUAAAAUUCGUCCGCAAACUCGGCCAGGGCCAGUUCGGCGAGGUCUGGGAGGGCCAGUGGAACAACACGACCCCCGUGGCCAUAAAGACCCUCAAGCCGGGCACCAUGGACCCCAAGGACUUCCUCGCCGAGGCCCAGAUCAUGAAGAAGCUGCGCCACCAGAAACUCAUCCAGCUUUACGCCGUUUGCACCAUGGAGGAGCCCAUCUACAUCAUCACCGAGCUCAUGCGAAACGGCAGUCUCCUCGAGUUCUUGCAAGGAAAGGGCCGAGGUCUGAAACUCCAGCAGCUGAUCGACAUGUCAGCUCAGAUAGCGGCGGGUAUGGCCUACCUCGAGUCGCAGAACUACAUCCACCGGGACUUGGCCGCGCGCAACGUCCUCGUGGCUGACGGCAACGUCGUCAAGAUCGCCGACUUUGGGCUGGCCCGUCUCAUCAAGGAGGACGAGUACGAGGCCCGCAUCGGCGCCCGUUUCCCCAUCAAGUGGACCGCCCCCGAGGCUGCCAACUACAGCAAGUUCAGCAUCAAGUCCGACGUCUGGUCGUUCGGUAUCCUCCUCACGGAGCUCGUCACCUACGGACGAAUACCCUACCCCGGUAUGACCAACGCCGAGGUGCUGCACCAGGUCGAGCACGGCUACCGCAUGCCCUGCCCACCGGGAUGUCCACCGCCGCUCUACGACAUAAUGCUCGAGUGCUGGAACAAGGACCCGAUGAAGAGGCCGACCUUCGAGACCCUCCAGUGGAAGCUCGAGGACUUCUUCACCAUGGAGGGCAGCGAGUACAAGGAGGCUUCGGCUUACUGAGUAAUCGCCUCUGCGAAGUUUCGCAACAUAGACCAGCGCAUCAUGUAGUAAAUGCUGGAACCUCGGACUCGACAAUAACGCGUUCGGGGGGACACCGCGACGACCAUGCGGGAUGUGAAAUACGUCGCGGUUCGGAACGAGCGGAGGGAGAUAACAAAAAGAGAUAUUGUAGAAAUGAAGCUGUGCACGCCGCGGGACUAGUUGACAAACUCCUACUUUCCAAAGGACUCUGCGUGUGUUUUUUCGUCCGUUUGUUUACUAUUUGUGCACACAAACAUUUAUUCGUUGUACAUACAUGCAUUGUACAAGUGUGCGGAUUUUGAAGUGGAGAAGCGUAGGCGCCAACGUAAGGGGCGUCCUAUCAUUAUUAUUAUUAUUAUUAUCAUUAUCAUUAUUAUUAUUAUUAUUAUUAUUGUUGUUACUAUUAUUCUCUUGUCGUGGACGGUUAAAAAAACAGUUUGUGAUAUUUCAUGGAAAGACCAUUGACUCUUAAUCGUGUAGAUUAAAUUUAAAGGUGAUCACUGUCAAAGUGUACGCUUGGUACUGUUUAUUUUAAUAUACUUUUUUUUUUACUUUUAUCGACGUAUCAUUUAGCACUAAUACAGUUACUCAUUAUUUUUAUCUCUUUUAAUUUUUUAAUACUAUUAUUAUUAUUAUUAUUAUUUUAUUACUGUUUACAUAUAUUGUCGCUGUGGUGGAAAACGACAUUAAUUUAGAAUUCGUUUUUGGAUGGUAAUAACUUGGAGCCAAGUUCGAGAAAAUUGUAACUUACAGUCGGACCCAAAAAAAGUGAUCAUUUAGGAGUAGAUGUUACUCAAAUUAUGGUAAACAUAGUAGAUAAUCUUUAUUAUAAGGAAAAACGGUAAAAAAUUUUUGAAUAACUAAGAGCAUUUACUUAUAUUAUAAAUUGAACUGGACGACGGGUCUUUUUGUCCGGACUUCGAGAUAUGGGUUCUGAGUUAUUUAAUACCUUCUUAAACCGAAUUUUGUGUUAAUGCCUUUUUGGCUUCACACGAUGAUAAUAUUAUUGUAUUAUUACUAUUGUAUUUUCGUUUGUUUCUUAAUAUUCUGGCUGCCAUAUACAAGAUUAUCGAAAAUUAGAAAAAAAGUCGAGUACCUCGCGUGAUAUAUGUACUUUACAUAUACAUUGGCGCUUGGUAACUUUUGAAUCGUAAUAAGGUCUAUGUCUCAUAGUAUGCAAUAUUAACGCAACUCUUAAUAGCUGGGGUUCUGAAAAACAGCCCGCUCUCUUUUUUUAUUGUAUGGAGAGUUUGUGUGUAUUUUUGAGAACUGAGUUGCGUGAGUAAUAUCUGCGGCAAUAAAUGUGUCAAAUUUUUCUGAUUAAAUUGGAUUUUAUUUUUAUUUUUAUGUAGGUUCUAGAAUAAUUCUUAAGAUGUAAAGUUGAGCGUAAUUUAUUUUUUAUAUCAAUUAAAACGAUAAGUAAAGUGCGUAUUAAUUUUACAUUUGGAAAAGAUGAUAGUCC